GGGAGGGGUGAGGUGUGAGUUCCCCAUUGGUCUAGGCCAAGUGUCUUGUGGCGUCCCCGCUGCGCACAUGCACACGCACACCUGCACCCCAGCCACAGCCUGCACUCGCUGAGCUAGCUCCAGAGGCCAUGAGGCUGUCACUGCCACUGCUGCUGCUGCUUCUGGGAGCCUGGACCAUCCCAGGCAGCCGCGGGGACAGGGACCUGUUCACAGCCACUGCCCCAGAGCUGGACGAUGAGGAGAAGUACUCAGCUCACAUGCCUGCUCACCUGCGCUGUGACGCCUGCAGGGCUGUGGCUUACCAGAUGGGGCAGCAUCUGGCAAAGGCAGAGGCCAAACUUCAUACCCCAGACUCUGAGGGGCGGCGGGAGCUGAGUGAGUUGUUAUACACAGACGUCUUGGACUUGAGCUGCUCCCAGCAGUGGCAGGACUACGGGGUCCGAGAAGUGAACAAGGUGAAACAUCUCGUGGGCCCAGGGCUUAGCAAGGGGCCAGAGCCGAGCAUCAGCGUGAUGGUCACAGGGGGCCCCUGGCCCAUCAGGCUCUCCACGACAUGUCUGCACUACCUGGGGGAGUUUGGAGAGGACCGUAUCUAUGCAGCCCACCGACAAGGCCGAGAGGCUCUGGAGGCACUGCUGUGUGGGGGCCCGCAGGGGGCCUGCUCGGAGGAAGUGCCAGCCACGCGGCAAGAGCUCUAGUCCUGGACUCUGUCUUCCUCUGGGUCAUCCCCACUCCUGUCUGCGGGCAGGGAGGCGUCACAGGGCUGCCACCCUCCCUCUCUCCUCCGGCAUCCGGCGCUGGGCCUGGGUGGGAGGCAAGGACUCAAAUAAAACCCAGUGACUUCAA